AUGCGAAAAAACUUAGAAGUACUGGAAUCUGCAAUAAUUGAAAGAGAAUUGAAAAUUACUAGAGAUGAGUUCAAUCAGCAAAAUUCAAAUAAUCACUCUGAAUUUGUCCAAAAAUUUUUUGACGACCACCCUGAAGAUCAUUGGGCAGCUUUGAAGAAAAAUUUAGGUGAUCUGCAGGAAUUACACAGACAAAUUCGAGAAAAAAGGGAUUUACAUUCACAAGAACAAGAUGAAGAAGAAAAGAAUAAAUUAAAUAAGGAGAUUGAUCAGUUAAAUAAAUUGGCUUCAUACAGAAGAAAUAGAUUUACAGCAAUACAUCAUGAGGCCUACAAGAAAUGGAAAAAUUUUGAGCUGCCAAUUCCACCAACUCGGAAUGAAAUUAAGGAAAUGCAAAAAAUCGAAGAGAAAACUCAUCCAGAAUAUUUGGAAGAUUAG